AUGAGAACAAAAAUGCUGGGGUAGGUGGAAUGGGUGGAAUGGGAGGUAUGGGUGAACCGGAAGAAAUGCUAGUAGAGUUGAUUAAGAAUAAAUGUCCAAUAACAGAUGAAUAUAGAGAUGAUAUAAUUGAUAAUUUAGUAAUAACAAAAUUGAAAUUACAAAAAGAAAAGCCUUGA